GUUUCCUCUUGGAGUCUGGGAGGAGCAGAGCCGAGCCGUCAGGGAGCGAACCAGGACCGGGGACGCGGGGGCCCGGGACGCCUGGCUAGGCAGAAGCGCAGGGGCGGAGCCGGGGUCAACAGGAGGGUCCGGAGUAGUGAGCUCCCUAAAGGAGACCAGAGAGCUAGCGGAGCAGCCCGGGAGCCGGGAGCGGGGUGAGUUUGAAGGCGAGAGGACCCCGGAGUCCGGACAGCCCGUGCCAGCACCAUGAGGGCGCUCGUAGCCCUGCUGCUCCUGGGCCUGGCGGCCGGCUCGGCCCCGCUAGACGACAACAAGAUUCCCAGCCUGUGCCCGGGGCACCCCGGCCUUCCCGGAACGCCGGGCCACCAUGGCAGUCAGGGCCUGCCUGGCCGCGACGGCCGCGACGGCCGGGACGGCACGCCCGGGGCGCCCGGGGAGAAAGGCGAGGGCGGGAGGCCAGGACUGCCGGGGCCCCGUGGGGAGCCCGGGCCGCGAGGAGAGGCUGGACCCGUGGGGGCGACCGGGCCGGCGGGCGAGUGCUCGGUGCCUCCGCGCUCCGCCUUCAGCGCCAAGCGCUCCGAGAGCCGGGUGCCUCCGCCGUCAGACGCGCCCCUACCCUUCGACCGCGUGCUGGUGAACGAGCAGGGACACUACGACGCCACCACCGGCAAGUUCACCUGCCAGGUGCCCGGGGUCUACUACUUCGCGGUCCACGCCACCGUCUACCGGGCUAGCCUGCAGUUCGAUCUGGUCAAGAAUGGCGAGUCCAUCGCCUCUUUCUUCCAGUUUUUUGGGGGGUGGCCCAAGCCAGCCUCGCUCUCCGGGGGCGCCAUGGUGAGGCUGGAGCCCGAGGACCAGGUGUGGGUGCAGGUGGGCGUCGGUGAUUACAUCGGCAUCUACGCCAGCAUCAAGACGGACAGCACCUUCUCUGGAUUCCUGGUGUACUCUGACUGGCACAGCUCCCCUGUCUUCGCUUGAUGCCCACUGGAAAGUGAGCUCAAGCUCUCUCACUCCUAGGGGAGGAGGGUAUGACACUGACAGGCACAUGAUCCGGGAGGGCUGGCCCCCCUGGAGUGUUGUGAAUGACUACGGAGGUGGGGUGCGGGUUUCUCCGUCCUGCUGCUGGCAGGGAAUGGGGACAGGGGCUGUCUGAGAUCCGAGCUGGCAGCAUGGGGCAGUGGCUGGAAUCCUGCCCAAGACCAAAGGAGUGCUCUGUGCUGGCAGGUGUGGGUCCUCCAAUUGCCCAGGACCCCAAGGUGGGAUGCUCUCUUCCUGGUCCUCCGCUUCUCUGGGUCCUCCCUGAUCCGUCCUACUCCUGGGCCCUUCUCUCAGAGAUCAUUCAAUAAACCUAAAACCCCCUCCUA